AUGACAAGCAAGGAAACAAGGAGCGAGAUGGACCUUGAAUCUCCAGAGAAAGGACUGCCAAUUCCACCACCAAAAAUCUGUUUGCGGUCUGCUAUCUUGGUUAUACGAGCGGGACACAUUUUCUUUUCCCACGCCAACUACGACGAGAAGGAGACUCUUGUUUCUCCAGGUGUCUUGCUGUUAUCUCCAUCUCACAGGAACUUGGAGGUAGCAGAAAUUGAAGAAAUCUCACCAAAUCCUCAGGUUUCUAUUGAUGUCCCUCCCAAUGCUGAGGUCGGCGAUGCUGCUAGUGAUAUCAAACUACAACAUGAAAACAUUGCCAAGAUAGUAAAGGGACGGGACCUACAUUCCUUGCAUGCAUUUGGAGGCGUGCGAGGCAUUGCAGAGGCCUUUGAGACUGAUUUAGAGAAAGGAAUCACUGGAGACAUUGAAGAUCUAAGUCGACGCAGAGCCAACGAAAUCUAUAAACCUCAAGCCCCUGCUGCAAGCAACUUCUUUAAGUUGCUAAAGAAAUCUAGCAACAGUUACCCCAUUUUCUUGCUCUCUGUAUCGGCAGUGCUGUCACUUAGCUUCGGUAUCAAGGAGGAGGGCCUGAGGACCGGCUGUUAUGAAGGAGUUAUUAUAAUUCUUGCAAUCAUCAUACUUGUGGUUGUUCCACCAAUAUGUGAUUUGUUGUAUGAAAAUUCUGCGAACCUGUUAGGAGAGCAGAAACCAUUGAGAAAAAGAGAGAUGGAAGUUGAAGUUUUAAGAUCAGGAGAGUUUUUAAAAGUACCAGCUUUGGAUCUUGUGAUUGGAGACAUAGUAUCCCUGGAAAAGGGAUGCCCUAUUCCUGGCGAUGGUUUGUUUGUAUCUGGUGAAUACUUAGAAUUGGAUCAAAGCUUUCCUUCCAUUGUUGAUAAACGAAAUCCAUUCCUCUUCUACGGUGCAAAGGUGAUCAAUGGGCAUGGUAAAAUGCUGGUGACAUCCAUGGGUCUAGACACAACAUGGGGUGAGAUGAUGAGCAAGGCCAGCGAGAGACGAUUGCCAGUUGAGCUCGGCAAGGUGAGCAGUCGCACACAAAUAAUUGGGCUCUCAACCUCUAUUCUUAUCAUGGUAGUGUUGUUCCUGCGCUUUAAACUUGGAAAGGAAAAUGAUGAUUCUGACAUGCCAGAAAUCAAGAGAGAAUGGAAGACACAGAAGGUUAUGGAUUUUAUCAUGAGAAUUGUCCGGAAACCAAGCGGGAAAAUCAGUGCCGUAACAACUUGCCUCACUACUUUCCUUGUAGGGAUGGUGGAAGGAGUGCCGUUUGUUAUUAGUCUUGCCGUUUAUUAUUGGAAUAAGAAGAUCCUAUCCACCAAGGUUGCCGUGCUAGAACAAUUGGCUGCCGUUACCAUGGGCUCAGUUACAACCAUUUGCAUUGACAAAACUAGUUGGCUAACAAUGAACCCGCAGGAGGUUGAUGAGUGUUGGAUCGGUGAGAAAGUAAUCAGUGAAGACUCUGUAAUACCUGGACAGGUGAAAAAUGCAUUCUGUAUUGGUAUCAGAACAUGCUCAAGUACUGAGGAUUCAUUGGUUUCGUGGGCUACACAGAAUCUCAGGAUGGAAAUGGAGACUUUGAAGCAAAGUUACAAAGAACUGAGCUCUGGUGAGGAAGGGAGUGGAGUACUGGCGGGAGAGAUUGGAGGUAAUGAAACCAAGAAAUGCCUGCAUUGGAAAGGACUGGCAACAACAAUAUUGAAAAUGUGUUCUCGGUACUAUGACAGUGAAGGAGACAUAGUGGUCAUGGACGGAGAGAAAAGGCUGGCUUUCGAGAAAAUUAUUAAGGAUAUGCAGUCCAAAGAUCUAAAAACCAUUGCACUUGCUUACAAGACAACUGAUGUUGAAACUCCUGAGAAUGAUGACUUAAUAUUGACAGGACUGGUGGGUCUGAAGGACGAAUGUCGGAUAAAGACUAUAGAAGCGGUGAAAGAUUGUAUAAAUGCUGGUGUCAACAUCAUACUUGUCUCAGAGGACAAGGGGUCAGAACUAGAAGACAUAGCUCAAAAAUAUGGAAUUCUUAUUGGCACAAAGAGAUUAGCACAGGAAGGUGAAACUUUCCGAAGUUUCAAUGAUGAAAAGAAAAUGGAUGUGGUCCGUAAAAUCUGUCUUAUGGGAAACUGCCUCCCUUCUAAGAAGCUCCACCUGGUGCGCUGUCUGAAACAAAAGGGCCACACAGUAGCAUUUGUUGGAGUCAGAACAGAUGAUGCUCCAGCACUUAAAGAAGCAGAUGUGGGAAUUGCGAUAAGAACUGGGAGGAGCAGCGAGUUGGUCGAAGGGAGUUCUGAGUUAAUCCUCUCGGAUGGAAAUUUAGGCUCCUUGGUCCAGAUUUUGAAGGAGGGACGAGGUCUUUAUGACAACAUUCAGAAGUAUAUCCUAGUUGAGGUCACCAUAACUAUUUCAGGAUUACUGAUAAGCACUGUCGUAACCAUAUUUUUCGGGUAUGCGCCAAUGACAGCGAUUCAAAUGAUCUGGGUGAACUUGAUUGUGGCUAUCCUUGGGGGCUUCGCUUUGUUAACAGAGCCAGUACGAAAUCAGAAUCUGAUGAAGAAGCCACCUACAAGACCAAUUGAUCCUUUCAUCACAAAGGCCAUGUGGUGGAAUAUAAUCAUACAAGCUUCCUAUCAGGUUUCCAUUUUGCUGGCCUUUCAGUUCAAAGGAAAAGCUGUUCUAAAGAUCAACAAGAAGGUUAGCAAUGCCAUGAUCUUCAAUAGUUUUCUUCUCUGCCAACUUACCAACCAAUUCAAUGCCAGUGAGCAGAAACUGAAGAAUGGAGUCAAGGGUGUUCAACAGAACCUAUGGUUUUGGGUGGCUUCAGUUCUGGCGGUGGUGUUGCAGGUGGUGUUCGUUGAGAUUGCGCACCACAUCUUUGGGUUUGCCAAGUUGAAUGGUGCACAGUGGGGUUUAUGUUUCCUAACAGGGACACUUUCAUGUGUGAUGGACGGAGCUGUAAACAUUACCUGGGGUGUCGUCAAGGCUAAGCUAAGUAGAUCGAGCUCACAUGCCGGAUCCCAGCUCCCCACUCUGGAGCUUCCACUCAUUAGUGAGAAUUCAGCACCAGCCUCACCUUAG